GUUUGAUACUAGCGUGUUGCUGUCACCCUACGUUUUCGAGCGCUCGAACACAUCGCGAUCUAUCCGGAAAAAAGACAAACUAAUAUAAAAAUACGAUAAGAAUGCAUCAAAAUCGACUGUGAUUAAUUGUGACGAAAGAUAAAUUGAUUGGUACUAAUGAAAGUGUGAUUUCUUUAAUGAAAUUGUUGCACUUUGGUGAUUGUAAUUGACACAAUUCUUGUGAGAUAUCGAGUAGUUUUGAAUGUGUGAAAGGAUCGUUAUCGCAUCGCUCAUUGUGGUGUUUUCUUUUUCAUAACUUCCCCGACUCCUCAUCGCGCCGCUACCACCAACACGAACUCUGUGACCGACUCGAACGCCGUCAACCUUUCUCCCGAUGCUGUAAUCUGACCAUCCACAAUCAUCCUCACCAUCGCGGACCCCGUGGCUUGCGCCGCGUCCACCCUGUACGACCAUGUGCACCCCCCCGGAUCCUCCCCAGCCACCGGAGCGGGGUCUUCCACCGGGGUAGCCUGGUGGUCCAUGAUGAACGGCGGCCUGUACGAAGACAGCCCCCCGCCUGCCCCCCAAAGCGCCGCCACGCCGAUCAGCAACAGCGGCAUGACGAGCCCCGCCACGGUGCCGCCACCGCCACCUCCAGCUGCCACCACCUCCAGCUCGUCCCCGGCCAGCGUGACCAGCAACAGCGGGUCUGCGGGCCCGCUGCACAUUCCCGCCAAGAGGCUGACCGGAGCAGGAGGGUACGGCGAUUGCGGGGACGGGGUCAUCCGACACGGUCAUGGCCAACCCUGGUCGUACUCGCCCUCGGACAGCCACCAGACGGCAUUCGAGUCCACCGUGGGCCUCAACCACCACCAGUACAACGCGCCCACUUACUACAACCUGGCGGCUGACCCCACGGGCAACAGAGAUAGGAACAAAUCAUCGCUCUUCUGGUCUCCCGCGGCGACUGCUGCCACUGGCACGCCGGAGUACAAGUACAGCAGCGUGUCGGCUGGUCCGAGCGCUGAUCCUGCAGGCUCCAGCUGUCACCAGAGCUUCUCCGGCAGCUCCUGGUGCAACUACUCUCCGUACUCGUCGGCGUCCAGGCACCACGUAGAUGCCCAUCAAGCCGUCCCUUAUUUGCCCUCGGAUGACCGAGGACGAGCAGCCGCGGCGGCUGCUAUGGUGGCCGAGAGUGCCUCUUUCGCACAUGCCCACGAUAGAGGUUAUGGCCUCGGGAAUUACGCGCCUGAGCCUGUGCCGUCGACUCCGUACCCCCCUCCAGUUAUGUGGGGAUCAUCCCCAUCUCUCUUUGCUUCAGGUUCCCUGGGCUCAAUGGGAGUUCCUUGUGGCGCAGGCACGAAUCCUUUGGAAUGGACUGGUCAAGUCACAGUCCGCAAAAAACGCAAACCGUACUCCAAAUACCAAACCCUCGAGCUAGAAAAAGAAUUCCUAUUCAACGCCUACGUCUCGAAGCAGAAGCGGUGGGAACUAGCGCGGAAUCUCAACUUGACGGAGAGGCAGGUGAAGAUCUGGUUCCAAAAUCGUCGCAUGAAGAAUAAAAAAAACUCCCAGCGGCAGCAGACCCAGCAGCAGAACAACAACAAUUCGGCCACCAACAACCAGAACCACCAUGGUUCGCACCACCAUGCACCCCACCAGGUGCAUUCACAACAUCAUAUUGUGAACCAUCAUGUUUCGGCUAAUGGGACGUUAAAGCAUCAUCAGUGA